AUGUCUGCGGUAGCAGACGGCCCUGAGGCACAAGACGCAUUGUUUUCCAUUUCUGAUUCCGAGGCAAAAUCCAACAUACCAGCUGAGCUGGAGCGAGCAACUCUUCGUCUGGAAUUCCCACCAUCCUACGUGAUUGUGGGCGUCUAUCGUCUUUUCACGGAUAAAACGCUCUACCAACCUGUAUGGGCGAAAUGCAGGCACGGGACUCAGAGAGGGGCCAUUGUAAGCCUAAUAUGGAGUGCAUUGACCUUUAGCAUACAAAGAAAAUUUGUUGAGUAUUUCAUGGCCAACUCACCUCGUGUAACCGGGUUAUCGGGGGACACGCUAUUCGGGUAUCAAAUGCCAUUCAGUCUUUACACCUAUGCAACUGGAGUCCUGGUGGCGUCACAAGUGACCUUUAUCAUACGCUUCUUCCUUUCACGCAACAUGCGCAUUGCUCGAGACCGUGCCUGGGAACAAACAGUCGCUUCCCGAGGAAAGGGUCCCGACUUUUGGCAACCAUAUGUUGAAGAAUGGACGAAUCCUCCAGUAGUCAAGAAAACUCCUCUCGUACAGCGCUGGCUCAGCGGGCGUCUCGGCGCCAUCGUCGUUAAGCUAAUGCUUUGGCCUUUUGAUCUUGUUCCGCUUGUUGGACUUUUCAUCUCUGCGUGGUUCAAAGGCCUCGGGACUGCUCGAGUUCUCCAUAGGCGAUACUUCGAAGCAAAACAAAUGACUCCUGCACAAGUUGCCGUUUUCAUGGAAGAAAGAAAGUGGGACUAUAGAAUCUUUGGCUUUACUGCAGCCCUACUUGAGGGUCUACCGAUCAUUGGCAUUGUCUUCACCAUUUCGAAUAGGGUCGGCGCGGCGAUGUGGGCUCAUGAUUUAGAGAAGCGACAGCACUUCUAUGCGUCGAAAAAAGCAACCUAA